AUGAUGGGCUGUAGAUUUUGCGAUUGGGUCAGACAUAGGCGAUGGGCUGGUGACUUUAAGGUUACAGAUUACAUGUUAGCCGAAGCUCAGCAGACCCUGGAAUACAAAUUGACUUUUGAACAAGGUGAAGAGAAACAAAAAAGAUUGGAAAGAUCGCUAGUAAAACUUGAAGAGGAAAUGAAGAGGACUCAAACUAUUCUACACUACUUGGUCCCAGAACAGUCAGCUCUAAGUCUGAAAAGGGGGAUCAUUGACUUGGAUUCUUGUAAAGUGAUCGAAAACGUAACAAUACUGGUAUCGGAUAUAGUCAAGUUUACAGUCGUAUGUUCUACAUUAAAACCAAUGGAAGUAGUAACAACCUUAAACGCAAUGUAUUCUGGAUACGAUAGAUUAACUGCAAAGCAUGGUGUAUGCAAAAUAGAAACGGUAGGUGAUGCCUAUAUGGUGGUUUCUAAUACUUUCAGCAAGAGAGUCCCUUCAGCAGAUAAAGUCUGUGAUGUAGCUCUAGACAUGCUUGAAACCAUUAAAUCUAUUAAGAAUCCUGAAACAGGAGUCAGCUUGAAAGUAAGAAUCGGUAUCAAUACCGGGCCGGCAGUAGCUGGGAUCGUGGGCCUCAAAGUGCCUAAAUUUUGUAUUUUUGGGACCUCAGUUAAAACAGCCAUUAUUCUUGAAGCAUCUAGUUUACCAAUGAAAAUAAAGAUUUCUCAAAGUACAAGAAACUUGCUCAAUUCUACUUACAUUGUUUGUAGAAGUGGUUCACUUUAUACGUCAGAAAAUGGUGAAUUUUUACUCAAUGAGGUUAUUAUAAAUAUUCAACAUUAG